GAAAGCAGUCCUCUCUAGUUUCCGGCGGCCGGACGUAUUCCGGCGAGAAGUCCUCCUCUUUCCGGCGAAACUCGAUGUCCCUCCUCUGCGGCUCCUCUUAGAUCAAAGCUGCCUCCCUCUCCUCUCCGACACUCUAAUUUUUCACCUCUUACUCUCUAUUUUCCGAGCUCCGAAGCAUUUCAUCUGCUGUUCUUCUUCUCGUUCUUCUUCUCAUUUCUGUCUUCGCUCCAGGGUAGCGAGUUUUCUUUGGUUUCCUUUUUCUAUCGUUUCAUUUUCAAUAAACUUGCUUCUGACGGCCAAUGUUGGUGUUUUAUUCGCGCUCUUCUGAUUUUUCUCUGUAAAAGUUUCUCCUUUUUGGCUUCCCCUGUUCCAUUCUUUCGUGCCACCUAAAAAAUUCGUGGUCUUGGAGUCGGUUUCUUGAGAGCCCAGUAGAAAAAUCGAAAUCUUCGAGCUUGGUUUUAGAUCUCGUAAUGGAGAACUAGCAUGUCAAAGAAGGCAAGAUAAAGGAGGAACUUUUCCACGAAAAAAAGGGGGAGAAAUUUAAUACGAGAUGAGAAAUCUACCGCUCUACUGUGUUUUAUUUCUCGUUUUCCUUCCUGUUUUGACAAUGUCCGGCGCUCUCAACGACGACGUCCUCGGCCUGAUCGUCUUAAAGGCCGACCUCGAAGACCCCACCUCCAAGCUCGCGUCUUGGAACGAGGACGACGACGACCCCUGCGGCUGGGUCGGCGUCACGUGUAGCCCCAGAACCAACCGGGUCACCGAGCUCAACCUCGAUGGCUUCUCCCUCUCUGGAAAGAUUGGACGCGGUCUCCUCCAGCUCCAAUCCCUCCGGAAGCUAUCCCUCUCGAAGAACAACUUCUCAGGCAGUCUCAAUCCCAAUCUCUCCCAGCUUGAAAGCCUCUCGAGUGUGGAUCUGAGCGAAAACAAUCUAUCCGGCUCGAUCCCGGACGAGUUUUUCCGGCAAUGCAGGUCCCUAAGCAGCAUCUCGCUGGCCAACAACGCAUUCUCGGGGGAGAUUCCGCCGAGUGUCGGUUCCUGCUCGACGCUAGCGGAGCUGAACCUGUCCUCGAACCGGCUUUCUGGUCGGUUGCCGAGCGGUCUCUGGUCUUUGUAUGGCCUCAGAUCACUUGACCUCUCCGGUAAUUCUCUCUCUGGUGAUAUACCAAUGGGAAUCAGUCGGCUCUACAAUCUGAGGGCAAUCAGCUUGCGAGGUAACCGGCUUUCCGGCGGGUUGCCGGAUGACAUUGGAGGGUGUUUGCUGUUGAAAUCGCUCGAUCUCAGUGAAAAUUUGCUCACUGGUAAGCUCCCUGAAACAAUGCGGAAGCUUUCUUUGUGUAGUUAUUUGAGCUUGGGCUCGAAUUCUUUCUCCGGUGAAGUUCUGACAUGGGUCGGAGAAAUGAAAGGUUUAGAGACUUUGAAUUUGUCGAGCAAUGGGUUUUCCGGCCAGGUUCCAGACUCCAUCGGCAACCUUCAGCUAGUAAAAAGAUUGGACUUUUCCCAAAAUAAUUUCACAGGAAGCUUGCCACAAUCGAUAGGCAUCUGCAAAAGCCUCUUGGAGGUGGAUUUCAGCCAAAACUCCCUCACCGGUGAUCUCCCAACAUGGAUUUUUGAGUUGGGCUUGCAGAGUAUUUCAAUGUCAGGGAACAAAAUGAGCGGCUCUAUACAAAUUCCUGUCACUACCGAUCAGACCCUGAAGACAUUGGAUUUAUCCAGCAAUGGUUUCUCUGGUGGAAUUCCAGUUGACAUCGGGAACAUUCAUGGCUUGCAGUUCCUGAACCUAUCCUGGAACUCGCUGUCGGGUUCUAUGCCGGCGAGUCUCGGGGAGUUGAAGUCAUUGCAGGUCCUUGAUCUAAGUGGAAAUCGGCUCAAUGGAAGCAUCCCGCCGGAGAUAGGGGAAGCAGUCUCUCUGAAUGAGCUGAAUCUGCAUAAGAAUUCACUCACGGGAGGAAUCCCAACUCAGAUUGGGAACUGCUCUUCCCUCGCAUCUCUGAUAUUAUCACAGAACAAUCUCACAGGCCCCGUACCCUCAACCUUUUCCAAUAUCACCAACCUGCAAACCAUAGAUCUCUCCCACAACAGGCUUACAGGCACCCUCCCAAAGCAGCUCUCCAACCUCCCCCACCUCCUCUCCUUCAACAUCUCUCACAACCUCUUCUCCGGGGACCUCCCUGCUGGAAACUUCUUCAACACCAUCCCUCGCUCCUCCAUCUCCGACAACCCUGGCCUCUGUGGCUCCGUCGUCAACCGCUCCUGCCGUGCCGUCCUCCCCAAGCCCAUCGUCCUCAACCCCAACUCGUCCUCACCCAACCCCUCUUCCAAUUCAGCCUUCUCCCCCGGGAGCCUCCGCCACAAGAAGAUCAUUCUGAGCAUCUCCACUCUCAUUGCCAUCGGAGCUGCUGCUUUAAUCGCGCUUGGUGUUUUCACCAUCACCGUCCUAAACCUCCGGGUCCGCGCGGCAGCCGCCUCCCAGUCUGCUGCAGCCCUGGCCUUCUCCGAUGACUACUGUAGCCGCUCUCCUGGGACUGAAGCAGACUCCGGCAAGCUCGUCAUGUUCUCUGGAAACGACCCUGACUUCAGUGCUGGUGCCCAUGCCAUCCUUAACAAGGACUGCGAGCUGGGCCGUGGUGGAUUCGGAGCAGUGUAUAAGACCAUCCUACGAGACGGCCGGCCUGUGGCCAUCAAGAAGCUCACAGUCUCCAGCCUAGUGAAAUCUCAGGAAGAUUUCGAGAGGGAGGUCAAGAAGCUGGGGAAGGUUAGACACCCCAAUCUUGUAGCCCUUGAAGGUUACUACUGGACUCCAUCUCUGCAGCUCCUCAUCCACGAGUUCGUCUCCGGCGGGAAUCUCUACGGAAACCUCCAUGAAAGCUCUGCCUCGAACUCUCUCUCUUGGCAAGAGAGGUUCGAUAUAAUUCUCGGGAUUGCGAGAGGUUUAGCCCACCUCCACCGGCUGAACAUAAUUCACUACAAUCUCAAGUCUAGCAACAUUCUGAUCGAUGGCUCGGGCGAGGCUAAGGUGGGGGACUAUGGACUGGCAAAUCUACUACCAAAGCUGGACCGCUACGUGCUCAGCAGCAAAAUCCAAAGCGCACUUGGAUACAUGGCUCCUGAGUUCGCCUGCAGGACAGUGAAGAUCACUGAGAAAUGCGAUGUUUAUGGAUUUGGAGUGCUGGUACUGGAGAUUUUAACAGGGAGGCGGCCUGUGGAGUAUAUGGAGGAUGAUGUGGUGGUGUUAUGUGAUGUGGUGAGGGGGGCAUUGGAAGAAGGUAGGGUCGAGGAGUGCGUGGAUGGGAGGCUUGGUGGAAAGUUUCCGGUGGAGGAGGCUGUGCCGGUGCUGAAGCUGGGCUUGAUUUGUACGUCGCAGGUGCCGUCGAACCGGCCGGAUAUGGCGGAGGCGGUGAACAUUUUGCGGCUGAUCAGGUGUCCCCAGGAUGGCCCAGAAGAGGAGCUGAGCUGAACUGAGCUUCCUCCUUGAAGCUUCUUUUGCUUUUCCUUUUUGUUACUUGAAAUCUAAGACAUGAAAUGAGAGAGAGAGAGAGAGAGAGAGAGAGAGAGAGAGAGAGGUAUAGGGUUUUUACGAUGAAGAGGAUUCCGGUUUGGCUGUUUGAAUUAGAGGAAGAGGACUGCUAUGAGGUUGUCUCAUGUUAGUAUGAGGGAAGGUGGUGUUUUCCUCUGCUCUCCAGGUUUGUUUGGCCGGAUUCCCUCUCACCGGGCACUUCGCAUUGUGGGACCCCUUAAAAGAGUUUAUUCCUUAUUUUAUCUGAUUUUUAUGUGCUUC